UCCGCCGGCCGUCACGCCUUCACAAAACCCCGCACUCAUCCACUUAUAACACAUUCACCUCACCCUAGCCACAAUAAACCACCGCUUGCAACCAUCCUUCUGUCUCCUUUGGGUCUGUACGCCGCCCUUCCCCGGGCUAAUUCCUCACAACUGGUGGAGGAUGCGGGCAUAGUACAGACCCGCCUACUACAAGACAAAAAAAAAAAACACAAAAAAAAAAAAAAAAAAAAUUAUAAAUAAACCCGCGAAAGAGAGAGAGGGGGGAAAAAAAAAAAAAGGGAACCCCACAAAAUGGACCACACCCUGCAACACCUGCUGGAGACCAGCCUCCAGCAGCACGCCGUGACACAGCGGCUCGCCGAAAGCCUUCAGGUCGCCACACAGACACUGAUCGCCAUGAGGACUGAGACCCCCGCCGCCUCCAUGCCUCUCCCCGACGCAACCAGCGAGAUCCGCCGCCUACUACCCCCCCUUGGCCCCGAAGAGGACCUCGAGGCGUACUUCGAGACCUUCGAGAGUAUCGCCCGCCGGGAGGGGUGGGACAGUGACGACUGGCCCCGUGCCCUUGGUCCCCUGCUCACGGGAGAGGCCCGAACAGCCUACUAUGCCCUCGAGCCGGAGGAGGCCACGGACUACCUGGCGAUGAAGGAGGGAGUCCUGGCGUGGUGUGGCCGAACCCCUGGCCAGGCAGCUACUGAAUUCCAUCGUUGGGUUUAUCGAUCAGGUGCCCGACCACGUUGCCAGAUGAACGCCCUCAUACGGAUCACCAAACGAUGGCUCCGACCGGAUCGGCAUACCGCCUCGGAGGUGGCGGAGAAGGUGGCGGUCGACCGUUUCCUGAGAGCGCUACCCCGGGCAGAGAGACAGGCCGUGGGGGCCCACGCCCCAACUACGCCCCAGGAACUCCUGACUGCCCUGGAGCAAACCUUGGCCACCCUGGAGCUCGACUCCGGGGAGCAGCAGCACCUCGAUCGGCCCCUCGGUGCCCAGGGCCCCCGGUCUGACCGCCAGACCCGGCCCCGCAUCUGGAGGAACCCCCAGAGGGCGCCCACUUGUGAACACCCCCGAGACGAGCCCAUGCCUACAGAGCCGGAGAGGGAAGCCGCCCGGCUGCUUACAAAACCAUGGCUGGCAGGCUGCGCCCUCCAUCAGCAGCAACCGCCGGAGGCGCCCUCCGUGACGGUGUGGGUCGAAGGGAGACCGGUAACCGCCCUACUGGACACCGGGAGCACGGUGACCCUUGCCCAACCCUCCAUCCUGCCUGAGGGGCGCCGCCCAAGCGGGACGCUUACCGUGACAUGCGUCCAUGGGGACACCCGGGAGGUCCCCUCAGCUGAGGUCCAGAUCCGGAGCGAAGCCGGCACCUGGCCCCUCCAGGUCGGAAUCAUCCCCGAACUCCCCGUGCCCCUCCUCCUGGGACGAGACUGGCCAGGAUUCCGGGUGGUACCGAGAGCCGAGCCCCGGAGACCGCGGCGGCGGGGGAAGGGGAUCCCAACCUGGCCGGCCUACCUGGCCCAGGACGACGGAGAGGCCCCCUCAGAAGGUAAGACCCCCCAAACUACUAACUCUCUGGCGUCUGUCUUUCCCCAGGUAAACCGGGAGGGGAAGUUCAGCCGGGAGCAGAAGGAGGAUGACCGGCUGAAGCACUGCUGGGCCCAGGUACGGGUGAUGGAGGGGGUCGACCAGAGCCCAGACCUGAGGCUCCCCACAUCGUACUUCCUCGUCCGAGGGGGGCUCCUGUACCAACGGGCCUGCCGCCGCGGGGAGCAGGUGGACCUACUGGUGGUGCCCCGAGCCAAGACAGCCGUCUUAUUACACCUAGCCCACACCCAUCCCCUCGGCGGCCACCUGGGGGCCCGAAAUACCCUGGAGAAACUGCGGGACCGCUUCGUGUGGCCCAGGAUGGAGGCGGAGGUCCGGGCCUUUUGCCAACAGUGCCCGCAGUGCCAACACACUGCCCCGCGGAGGCCCCCGCCGGCGCCCCUGAUACCCCUGCCCAUCAUCGGCGUCCCGUUUGAGCGAGUGGGCAUGGAUCUUGUGGGGCCCCUACCCAAGUCUGCCCGGGGCCAUGAAUACAUCCUGGUCCUGGUCGACUACGCCACUCGGUACCCUGAGGCGGUGCCGCUCCGCAAGGCCACCUCGCAAAACAUCGCCAGGGAGCUGGUACUCCUCUUCAGUCGAGUGGGGAUCCCCAAGGACGUGUUGACCGACCAAGGUACGCCUUUUGUCUCGAAGCUAAUGGCGGAUUUGUGUCGUAUGUUACAGGUGAAGCACCUCCGGACGUCCGUCUACCACCCCCAAACCGACGGACUUGUUGAGAGGUUCAAUCAGACCCUCAAGCGGAUGCUGCGCCGGGUGGUGGACGAGGAGGGGAGGAACUGGGACCUCCUCCUCCCCUAUGUACUCUUUGCCGUUCGGGAGUGCCCCCAGGCGUCCACGGGCUUCACGCCCUUCGAGCUCCUGUUCGGGCGGCGGCCGCGGGGAUUGUUGGAUGUAGCCCGCGAAGCCUGGGAGGAGCAACCAUCCCCCUUCCGCUCCGUCGUCGAGUACGUGCAGGACAUGCAAGCAAGGAUUGACAGGGUGGGCCCCAUCGUCCGGGAGCACAUGCUGGCGGCGCAGGAGGAGCAGAAGAAGGUAUACAACCGCCCCGCACAGCCCCGGGAAUUCCAGCCGGGGGACCGGGUCCUCCUAUUAGUGCCCAGCAGCGCCUGCAAGUUCCUCGCCCGGUGGCAAGGUCCAUACACUGUCCUCGAGCGCCGGGGCCCAGUCAACUACCGCCUACAGCAGCCCGGUAAGCCGAAGGACGGGAAGCUAUACCAUGUAAACCUGCUGAAAAAGUGGGUGGAACCAACCCCGGUGGUGUCGGCGUUCGCAGCUCAGGACUCGGACCGGGGCAAGGAUACCUUGGUCGGCUUCGGGGAGGACCUCACUCCCACCCAAAGACAGGAGCUUACCGAGCUGAUCGACCAGUUUGCAGAUGUGUUUUCGGCUGCCCCGGGAAUGACUCAGCUGGUCCAGCAUGAAAUCAAGACUCCUCCCGGUGUAGUGGUGAGACAAAGGCCAUACCGUGUCCCCAAGGCCCGGCGCCAGGCCAUCGAGGAGGAAGUCAGUCGCAUGCUGCGGGACCACAUCAUCGAGGAGUCCAGCAGCCCCUGGUCCAGCCCCAUCGUCGUCGUGCCGAAGCCGGAUGGAAGCAUGAGGAUAUGCAAUGACUUCCGGAGGCUGAACCAGGUGUCUGAGUUUGACAGCUACCCCCUCUCCAGAGUGGACGACCUGAUCGAGAGGCUGGAGAGAGCCCGAUUCAUAUCGACCCUGGACCUCACCAAAGGCUAUUGGCAAGUGGCGCUCGCACCGGAGGCAAGGCCUAAGACAGCCUUUAGCACGGCUACCGGCCACUGGCAGUACCGGGUUCUCCCCUUUGGGCUGCACGGGGCGCCCGCCACGUUCCAGCGGCUAAUGGACAUCCUCCUGCGACCCCACCGACAGUUUGCCGCGGCCUACCUGGACGACGUGGUCAUACACUCCUCCACCUGGGCUGACCACCUGUUCCACCUCAGGGAGGUCCUGAAAGCCCUCCGGGAGGCCGGCCUGACGGCGAACCCAAAGAAAUGCCACCUAGGGCUGACGGAAGCCCAGUACCUGGGAUACCGCAUCGGACGGGGGAUGCUGAAGCCCCAACAAAAAAAGAUUGAGGCUGUGAAGGACUACCCACGUCCGACGUCGAAAAAACAGGUACGUGCCUUCUUGGGAUUGGCGGGCUACUACCGCAGGUUCAUGCCUAACUUUUCUGCUGUAGCCUCUCCCCUCUCAGACCUUACAAAGAAGGGCCAGCCGGACCAGGUGAGGUGGACAGCCGAUGCAGAAAGGGCCUUCCAGGCCCUAAAAGAGGCCCUCACCAGCGCGCCGAUACUCCGCAACCCGGACUUUGACCUCCCGUUCACUGUACAUACUGAUGCUUCCGAGACAGGGCGCCGUCCUCUCCCAGACCUUCGACGGGGAAGAACACCCAGUCCUCUACAUCAGCCGGAAGCUGUCCCCGGCCGAGAGGAAGUAUGCGGCGGUCGAGCGGGAGGCACUAGCAAUAAAAUGGGCCAUCGAGGAGCUGCGAUACUAUCAGGCGGGCAGGCACUUCAUCCUCAUAACAGACCACGCCCCCCUGCAGUGGAUGGCCAAGGCGAAGGACACCAACGCCCGGGUAACCCGCUGGUUCCUCGCCUUACAAGACUUCUCCUUUCAGGUUAAGCACCGGGCGGGGGCCCAGCAUGGUAACGCGGAUGGGCUCUCACGACGAGACGCCCUCUGGGCCCACCACCGAGCGGCAGUAGGCUCGGAGCUGAGGGGGGGGACGCCGGCCCGGGAAAACCCCCAGAGAGUUUCAUAUUCUAUGUGAAGAGAAAGAACAUGUGUGCAGCUUGUGUGGCGUGGAAAACACAUGGCCGUACAAGGACCUCUCAAGCUCCAUCAGGUUGGAUGGGGAGCGUCGAUGCACAGCUAUUUUCAGAUCUCUCCAGAGAUGUUCAAUCGGUUCAAGUCUGGGCUCUGGCUGGGCCACUCAAGGACAUUCACGGUGUUGUCCUGUAGCCACUCUGUUAUCUUGGCUGUGUGCUUAGGGUCGUUGACCUGUUGGAAGAUGAACCUUCGCCACAGUCUGAGGUCCAGAGCGCUCUGGAGCAGGUUUUCAUCAAGGAUGUCUCUGUACAUUGCUGCAUUCAUCUUUCCCUCGAUCCUGACUAGUCUCCCAGUUCCUGCCGCUGAAAAACAAUCUCACAGCAUGAAGAUGCCACCACCAUGCUUCACUGUAGGGAUGGUAUUGGCCAGGUGAUGACCGGUGCCUGGUUUCCUGCAGACAUGACGCUUGCUAUUCAGGCCAAAUAAUUCAAUCUUUGUUUCAUCGUGGUCUGAGAGUCCUUGGACUUCAUGGCUUGGUUUGUGCUCUGACAUGCAUUGUUAACUCUGGGACCUUAUAUAGACAGGUGUGUGUGCCUUUCCAAAUCAUGUCCAAUCAACUGAAUUUACCACAGGUGGACUCCAAUCGAGUUGUAGAAACAUCUCAAGGAUGAUCAGUGGAUGAUCAUUGUUAUGGGAGAUGAGUGGUUGUACGGAUAAGUUUUUUUUUUUAUAUAUAAAUGGCAUCCCUUUAUUGUAUACUUUAUGGAGUUACAUAAACUCCCACUUAAUUUUUUGUGCCUGCAGGGUUUUACAAAAUCUAUAUAACCAGCGACAGUUAUUGGGUAGCCAUGAUGAGCCAGGGGGGUGGGGGGCAGGUUUGUUUUCGGUGUUUUGUACUUUUAAUUUUGUUUUCCUUUGUUAGUAUAAAAAGGAAAAAAAAAACGUGAAAGAUUGCUGCUGUGCGUUACUCUUUGUUUUUUCUUCUCAGUGAAAUAUUUGGGGGAAAAAGAAAAGAGAAAAGAAAUGUUCAGCAGACAAGUCCAGUGGAAAUGAAACUGGAGAUUGUUUGUGUGAGCUGAACUUAAAAAUAAAAUAAAAAUAAUAAAAAGGAUUAUCAGUGGAAACAGAAUGCUCCUGAGCUCAAUUUUGAGUGUCAUGGCAAAGGCUGUGAAUACUUAUGAGUGAGACCAGUGUCCUUCUCAGAGUGGGAAAAAAUCAACUCGGGGGAGGUGCGGAGAGGAGAAGUUCUGGGAAAACCCAGAGAAAAAUUCCUAGAUGUGAAAGAGAUGUUGGAGGUAGCCUGGUCCUGAU